AUGGAAGUAGAUGAAAUGCUAGAGAAGGCGGGGAGAAGGGGGCGGGCCGCCACGAGAGUCGUUCAGGUAGUCAAGCCACAUACUCCAUUAAUUAAGUUCCCAGACAGAAAAAGUAGUCCCAGACCUAAAAUACAGGAAUCUCUACAAGCAAGUAUGCCAUCUCUCAAUGCUCCAAAAGCACAGGAGUCUAUAGGAGGCAGAUCACCGGCAUUUCAAAAUAUUUCACCUGUUAGUAGAGUACAAGGUAUACCAGACACUUUUGAAUUAGAAAGAACCUUACCUCAGAAAUACAGAAGGAAACUUAUGUCAGAUGAAGAGAUUGAUUAUAUUCAA